UUAAAAACAAACCGAAACAAAUCCCGAAUCGUCCUAGAUUACUCCAUUUAAUUGUAAUUCCAAAAAGUAUGACCGGAACUUGAAGAACAUACGGCUGUUGUGAAGAAAUCUGUUUCCAGCAUUUAGAUGCUGUUACACCUUCUGUACAUCUUGUAAUGAAAGUUUUUGCGAAAUGAAAGCACUGACCGACCGGAUUUGAACGGUCAAUAUUUUCGAGAUUGUAUCAAAUUUAUUAUUUGUCGGGUAAGAGAUAGCAAGCUGGGGGUUGAGGAUCAAUGACGAAGCUCUUAUCAAGCACCUUCCGAUCCGUGAAGCCCAUUCGUCCUGUCACCAAACUCAAAUUUCCUUCAUCAUCGCCGCCUUCAGAAUCCUUACAGAUCGAUUCAUUACGGCCUCCUUCGUCACUUUCGUCUCCAUCUAGCUCUGCACCCAAAUCAAAGUCGCGGUGGUCGGUGUACUUGAUCCUCUCCACCAACCCGCCUAUCAAAACUUACGUCGGAGUCACAACUAAUUUCACUCGCCGUUUAAAGCAACAUAACGGUGAGCUUAAAGGAGGCGCAAAAGCAUCCCGUGCCGGAAGGCCGUGGGUAUGUGCAUACCUUAUUCAAGGAUUUAAGGACAGAAGUGAAGCUUGUGCAUUUGAAUCAAGUUGGAAACAACAUUCAAAGAAAUUACCACAUAAAGGAAAAGGCGAUGUACUACAGCAGCUAGAAGAAUCUAAACCUGUCAUGUUACUGGAACAUAGAUACGCAGCUCUAGAUGAAGUCAAAAAAUUUGUGGAUUGCAGUCACUUAUCAUUCAAUUGCCAUUCUAAUCUCCAUUAUUGAUCCAGCGACAGCUUUGGCGUUUCUGCCAUUUGUAAAUCAGAUGCAUUACCAUGCAUAUGCAUGGGAAAGUUCUACAAGGACUGUCCUUAUA